UUGGCAAGAUGGCGGCCGCGCUCGUGCGUUUCCGAACAAGAUAUUUUCUAUGGAAAUAUUUUUAUUUUGAGAGGACGGCAACGCGGUUUUUCAAUUCCUUCGGAUUGGAAAACAACUUAGUCAAACGGCUAAGGAAUUUACGUAUCGAAAAACCGACAGAAAUUCAGGAAAAGGCCCUGAGACCAGUUUUAGAAGGAAGAAACACAAUCAUUAAUGCAGAAACAGGAAGUGGAAAAACUCUUUGUUACCUUCUUCCUAUUAUCAAUAAACUUCUUGUGGACAAAGAAACAGUUUCUAAGCCACCAUAUGCUCUUGUGUUGCUGCCCACUAUUGAACUUUGCCAUCAGGUUGCCAAUGUGUUUCAAAGUCUAACAGAUGAUUCAAUGCAGCCAUGCACUGUUCAUAAAGACUCCAAGUUACAUAUAAACUCCAAACACCCCAUUGUACUGGCCACACCCAGUGCCUUGCUCACCUAUAGCCCCAGGACUCUACGUAACAUUAGAGUAGUGGUUACUGAUGAAGCAGACCUCUUGUUAACCAAUGGACAACAAGAAAUUUAUGAAAUUCUCAGUUAUUUUAUGGGUAUAGAGAUCACAACGAAGAGGCGGAAAAAGCUAAGAUCAAAGUCUUUAAAAGUUGUAAAUAAUGCUGAAGUACAUGGUAAGGAAUCAAAUGAACACAAUUUGAAUGAAACUGUACAUUUGCCAGUUGAAGGGUCAGGUUUUCAAGCCAGCACAACUCCUCUGGCCCUGCAUCGGCAAUUUAUCUUUGUGGCUGCAACGUUGCCUUCACGUGGGGAAAAGGACAUUUAUAAUGUGUUGAGGGAAUGGUUACCAGAUGCUGAAUUUAUCUCCACAGAUUUGGCCCAUCACACAGUGCCAACAGUAGAUAUAUGUUACGUUAAGGUAGAAGAUGCUCUUAAAUUGCCUGAGUUGUUGCGUUGCCUGAAUUCGUUAGCGGGGUCGAUCAGGUAUCCACUUAGCAAUAUUGGAAGAGCAAAGAAUGGAAACGUAACUUCCAUGCAGAAAGUAAAUGUUGAUCAUAGCACAAAUGAUUCUAGCAAUAAAAAAGAUGAAGACAAAUCGUAUUCAGUUGAAAAGGUGGCUGGGAGAUUGGAUCUUGUAAAGGAAAUUAAUAUUGAUGGUGAAACUCAAGGAAGGCAAGGAGAAGCUUGUUUUGAGCCAGUUCGUCUGAAAAAUUUACGAGUGUUGGUGUUUGUUAACACGACAAAAGCAGCAGAGGAAGCUUAUAACUUUCUCAAUGGCACUGCAGAGCAAGGACAGAGAGACUCAGUGCCUUGGAAACAUGUCGUUCUGAAUGAUCAAACUAUAAGUAUUUGGCAAAAUGACCCGGGAGAAUCGGACAUUGGUGUUGAGGCAAAAGCACAAAGACGUGUUGUGAUACGUACUGGGUACAUCGAUCUAUGGCCAGGCAAAGUUGGUCAGAUUCACAAAAAUAUCUUGCCCGAUGAAAGAAUAGAUACGCUAAAGAAAUUUACAUCUGGAGAAUUGAAGGUCUUGAUUUGCACAGACUUAGCAUCUAGAGGGUUGGACAUCCCGGAUGUUAGUCAUGUGAUUCAGUUGGACUUUGCCCUGAGUGCCACUCAGGUGCUGCAUCGCACGGGGAGGACGGCUAGGGCGGGUGCAUCGGGUAAAGUGAUAAACCUUGUCACCGAAAAUGACCAAGAUCUAGCUCGCGCUGUACGAGCUUGUGACCAGUCCCGGAGCAGUGACGGUUAUCAAGCCACGUUUAGCAGAAAAAGAAGGUUCAGGAAGAAAUUGAAAAAGAACGCUAUUGCUUUAGCUGACAAGCUGUAAUACCCCCGCUGUUGAUUUUUGUCCACACUGUGCGCAGAUUUGUCCCCACGAUGAUAGGGUGAUCUGUCACCUUUUUCGCCACGAAUAAAUGGAGAUUAAGGAUGAUA